AUGACGCCCCUCGACUACAGCUGGGCGCACGCCGUGAACUCGACGGCGCUGCUGGCCGCCGUGCAGCGCCAGAUCCACGAGGCCGCGAGCGAGCAGUUCGCCAUGCCCGACUUCGUCAAUGCCGUCGAGGCCGACAUCAUCUGGGGCGAGGCCAAGCAGACCCCCGUCAUGGGGCACCCUCCCGCGACGGACGGGGACCUGACCCUCGCCCAGUUCUUGGACGCCAUGCUGGAGCUGGCGGCAACGUUCCUGAGGUCGACGGCGCACAUCGAGACGCCGCUGAUCGUCAAGUUGGACUUCAAAAGCAGUCGGGCGUUUGAGGCGUCGCGUGGGGACCUGGCCAAGUUUGUGGCUCAGUUCCCGUUCAUCAAGGGCAUCUUUAUCAAUGCCGACAUUCUGGUGGGCCCGGCGAACACGAACCACGUGGCGUUUGAUGCCGCCAAGUUCUUGGAACAGGUUAGUGAGCUUGGGGAGCUCGAGGGAGGCAACCACCGGCAUAAGCUCGUGCUGUCCGUGGGGUGGACCACGGCGAACGCCAACGAAGAGGAGAUCCAUCGAGAAUACUCUUCCGCGAUGGUGGACGAGAUGCUGCGUGUUUUGCAGCCUUAUGGAGACCGCUUUGCCGUGACGUUUCCGCUGCGCGCGACCAGUGUGCGCAAGUCGUGGCCUGUGCUACGUCCCCUGCUUGCUCCGUCGAACUACGGUUUCACGCUGUGGUGGGCGAUCACGCUGAUGUCGGACGACGAGAUCGAGUGGCUGUAUAAGACGCUUGAGUUUGAUAGUCACUCGGAUGAUGCUGGCAACUCGGUGAAUUAUGCAGGCCGAACGUUCUACGACAUCAAGGGCUUUGAAAGUUUCCUGGCGAAACGUGGAUACUCACCGGCUUCUCAUCUGCAAAAUUAA